AUGACAAGUGGCACCCGAACAGGGACCAUGAGUACGUUUCAAGGGAGCGCGCAGGUACAGAGAUACACUCCACCGAGCGAGUGUAACCCGGCCUUGGACGACCCGACACCGGACUACAUGAACCUGCUCGGCAUGAUCUUCAGCAUGUGUGGCCUCAUGCUCAAGCUGAAGUGGUGCGCUUGGGUCGCUGUCUACUGCUCCUUCAUCAGCUUUGCCAACUCCCGGAGCUCUGAGGACACUAAACAGAUGAUGAGUAGCUUCAUGCUGUCCAUCUCUGCCGUGGUGAUGUCAUAUAUGCAGAACCCUCAGCCCAUGACGCCUCCCUGGUGA